GUAAUGGACAAAUGGAGACAAGGAUCGGUAAGAAUGAUCCCGCCUUUCUUGAGGCACGUCUCCUACGUGAACGUCCAUGCCGCACGCUAUUUGUGAGAAACAUACAGUAUAAUCUUAAACUCGAAGAGAUAAAAGCGAAGUUCGAAGAGUAUGGGGAGAUUAAAGAAAUGUGUGAUUUGAUUGAAAAGAGGGGAAUGUAUGAUAUCAGAGCAUCAGAAAAAGCCAAAAAGGAGUUGCAAGGAUGUGAGCUAGGCAGUCGUAAGAUCGAUGUCCAUUAUUCUCUUCCAAAAGACGAUGAUGAUACUGUUUACUGUGAUGGAGAAAAAAAUCAGGUAUAUUGCGAAGCAUUACAAUAUAGUAAUGG